GGUUCCAGGUGGUGGGACCGGCUCAUCAUGGAACAGCGGGACAACCAGCAGGGGCUCCAGAAUUUUCAAAUGAGGAAGGAGACCUUUCUGGAGCUCUGUGCCUGGCUUGCCCCCCCUCCCUUACGAAACAGGACACCCACAUGCGGACCCGCCAGCCCCCUGGAGAAGCAGGUCACCAUUGCUGUGUGGAAGCUUGCCACACUGGUCAGCUACCAAUCAGUCGGGAACCAGUUUGGCAUGGGGAAGUCUGUUGGGGCCCUCAUCAUACAGGUUGGCGAGGGCCAACACACUCCUGCUGCGAAGGGUCAUCCACCUCGGCGACGUGGACCCCAUCGUCGCUGGCUUUGCUGCCAUGGGCUUCCCCAGCCGGACGGGGUUAUUGACAGCACCCACAUCCUCAUCUGGGCCCCCAACCACUGGGCAUCUCUCUGCAUAAAUGAGCAAGAUCUACUUCUCCAUGUCCUGCAAGCCCUGAUCAACCACCAUGGGCAGCUCACCCACGAUUUGUUGGGUGGUCAAGGAAGGCGCACGAUGCCCACGUGUUCCGCAAUUGCAGCCCAUUUCACAAGAUGGGGGCUGGGACUUUCUUCCCUGAGUGUGCCCUCAGGGUCGGGGACGUGGACAUGCCACUGUGCGUUGUGGGGUGACGUGGCCUGCGCCGGACGCCUUGACCCCAGCAAGGAACGCUGUAAUGCCAGACUCAGCAGGGCCUGCGUGCAAGUGGAGGGGGCCUUCAGGUGUCUCAAGGCCCAUUUCUGAUGCUUCCUCACCUGGCUGGAUGUAGGGGAGCAGAACACCCCCCAAGCGGUGGCUGCGUGUUACGUGCUCCACAGCCUGUGAGCAGAAGGGUGGGGAGCAGAGGCUGGCCGGGAGGGCAGGGCCUCUGAACAGCUGUGCAUGGCUGCUGUCUGGCAGGCCCAUCAGGGGCCGUGCGUAUCUGGGAGGCCCUGAGGG